AUGGUUUUCUCCUGGAUUGUCAACACGCUUGAUCCUGAAAUAAGAGAUAGUGUCAUAUAUUACACCAUAGCCCGCGAAAUUUGGGAGGAUCUCCAUGAACGAUUCUCUCAAAGCAACGCUCCUCAUAUCUUCCAACUUCAACCUGAGACUUCAUAUCUGACACAAGACCAAUUGUCAGUUGUUGCCUAUUACACCAAGUUGAAAGGUCUUUGGGAUGAACUUGCUUCCUACACAGAUUCUUCUACCUGUAUCUGUGCAGCCCAUGGUGAUCGCAACAAACUCAUGCAAUUCCUUAUGGGAUUGAAUGAGUCUUACAGUGCUGUGCGUGGCCAAAUUCUCUUGAUGAAUCCCUUGCCGUCUGUUAGGCAAGCAUAUGCCUCCAUCAGCCAAGAAGAAAAGCAACACACGCUUGGAGCCUCACGAGCAGCUGCUGGAACCUCCGAUACUGCUGCCAUGACUGUUAGAACUGGACGCCCUAAUCAGAAUCGAUCCACCAAUCGCGAGGAUCGUAGCACUGAUAGGUCAGACCAAAACCGUUCCCAGACCUCCAACCGUGAUGACCGUUGUGCUGGAUCUUCAAAAAACCGACCCCAUUGCACCCAUUGUGAUGACUAUGGCCAUCACAUUGAUACCUGCUGGAAGCUUCAUGGGUAA